AUGCCCGGUACCAUCACCAGAUCCCCAGAGAUCCUCUCCGGCGCCUCCGAUCUGCGCGACGCAUACAACCUCGAGCUGCAAUCCGCCUCCGGCAACCCAGUACGUUUCGGGGACCUGAUCCUCGAGAAGGGUGAGAUCACGACAGUUAUAAUAUUCAUCCGCCACUUCUUCUGCAUCUAUGACCAAGACUAUGUCCGUACGGUCUCGCACCAUCUUACGGACUCCGUCCUCCAGACAAUCUCGAAAACUGGCGGGCCAAUCCAACUGAUGAUAAUCGGGUGCGGCGAUCCCUCACUCAUCGUCCCAUACGUCAGUGAAACAACGGGAGACAUCGCCCAGUUCCCUGUGUACACCGACCCCGACGGCAAAUUGUAUGAGAAACUGCACAUGAAGCGCACGCUGACGAAUAUCAUGCACCCGCCGGUUUACGCGCAAGUUGGCUUCUGGAAAGCACUGGGUAUGACUCUGCGCCAGGUAUGGGGGAGGGGUUGGAAGGGCCUUAGAGGGGGACGGUGGGAUCAGAAUGGGGGUGAGUGGGUGAUUAGGAAUGGGAAGUGUGUAUUUGAGCAUCGGAUGGAGAAUGUCUCGGACCAUUUGACGGCGGAGAAGUUGCUUGAAAUCCUGGAGAGGACAGGAGCUGGCGAUGGGAAGGGGGAGAACAUUAAAGAACUUGCAAUAUAA